AUGGCAAGUACUCUGACAGAACGAGAAAUUGACGAGUCUCGUGAUGCUUUUAAUCUGUUCGAUACUGUUGGAGAUGGAAAAAUCGAGUCGUCGGCCAUUGGAUUAGCUUUGAGAUCUGUUAACCUAAAUCCUACCCAAGCUGAAGUCGACAAGGUGUUGAGAGAAAUUGAUCCAAGUGGUAAGAAGCGGAUUUCUUUCGAAGAAUUUUUACCUAUCAUGCAAUCGUGUCGCUCACGGACGCACAAAGUUGGUUAUGAUGCUUUUGUCGACAGUUUGAAAGUGUUCGACACGGAUAAUAAUGGCUGGAUCUCUUCUGGCGAACUUCGUCAUGUGCUAACCGGCUUAGGGGAGAGGCUAAGCGAUGAAGACGUGGAUAUGUUACUUCAGGGCUUUGAAGACAACCAGGGACUUAUUAAUUACGAGGAUUUUGUCAAGAACGUUUUGAACGGUUAGAAACAGAAUUGUUAGAAAUUGCCAUUAUAGACCGCGCAUCGAACUGAUGCAACACCACGUUUCAGUGCUACUUUGUUUUUCUUCGUUCUAGAUCAUUAAUGAUUAGUUUUUGGAGGAGUUUGUUAUGAUGGAAAAACUGAGAGAACUGCAAAGGUUUUUUCGGCUGUGGUUGGACUUUUCAAUUUUUCCUUUAGUGGCACAAUUGUACAUCCUGUUUCGACGUAGCUUAUCAGCGAGUGUCAAGUACGUAUUCAUAUGAAUUGUAGUCUACGAGCGAAUGACAAUACCAACGAAAGUUUCAUCUGUUAGUGAAAAUGUGCACUGCAAAAGUUGUCUUUCAAAUAAGGAACAAAAAAAAUACCAAGUUGUAGAAGAAAUUAGAUAUUUAAGCUGUUUAGAUCGCUCAGGUUUUUCUCUAUUGUGCUGAAAUGCGUGGCAGAAUAUUCCUUCUUGCUUUGUUCACGCUUCAGCGAAUAUCAUUCAGUCGAUUUUUGAACCAAGCAUGAUUUACAUUUUUCUCAGUUAUGGGCAACAAUGAAAAUAAAAUCUCUGUUGACAAAUGCCACUGAAUGUGUACUUGCAGAAGUAUGA